AGAAAAUCAUCUCACUCCACUAAAUCUCAGUAAACGUAAAGAGCACAAUCAUGCUUCGAUUUCAUUUCUUGCUAAUCACGGCACUUGCCAUUUCCACUGUUUCGGUGGUCAUGGCCCAAGUCCCUCCCGAGAAACAAUUCAGAGUCCUCAACGAACCCUCCUACGCCCCAUACAUAACCGAGUACGACGCGAGUUACCGAUUCCUCAACUCACCGAAUCAGGACUUCUUCACAUUUCCUUUCCAGCUCAUGUUCUACAAUACUACUCCUAGCGCCUACGUUUUAGCUCUCCGAGUCGGAUCCAGGCGUGACAUGAGUUUCACGCGUUGGAUCUGGGACGCCAAUCGCAACAACCCCGUCGGUGACAACUCCACACUCUCAUUCGGCCGCAACGGCAACCUUGUGCUCGCUGAGUUAAACGGCCAUGUCAAGUGGCAGACUAACACAGCCAACAAAGGUGUCACCGGAUUCGAGAUCUUGCCCAUCGGCAACAUGGUGCUACACGACAAACAUGGAAAAUUCGUUUGGCAGAGUUUUGAUCACCCAACCGAUACACUCCUCGUCGGCCAAUCCCUAAAAGUUAACGGUGUUAACAAACUCGUUAGCCGGACAUCUGCUAUGAACGGCUCCGAUGGUCCGUACAGCAUGGUGCUGGACAACAAAGGUUUAACCAUGUACGUUAACAAAACCGGUACGCCGUUAGUUUACGGCGGAUGGCCGAAUCACGAUUUCCGCGGCACCGUAACGUUCGCCGUUACAAGAGAGUUCGACAAUUUAACGGAGCCGUCAGCUUACGAGCUUCUCCUAGAACCCGCACCACAACCCGCUACGAAUCCGGAUAAUAACCGCCGGUUACUCCAAGUCCGACCAAUCGGAAGCGGAGGAGGAACUUUAAAUCUGAACAAAAUCAAUUACAACGGAACGAUUUCGUAUCUCAGACUCGGAUCUGACGGGAGUCUCAAGGCUUACUCGUAUUUCCCAGCCGCGACGUAUCUCGAAUGGGAAGAGAGUUUCUCAUUCUUCUCCACUUACUUCGUCCGUCAAUGCGGUUUGCCGACGUUUUGCGGCGAUUACGGUUACUGCAAUCGAGGAAUGUGCGUCGGAUGCCCUACACCGAAAGGUCUGUUAGCUUGGAGUGAUAAAUGCGCACCACCUAAAACGACGCAGUUUUGUAGCGGAGGCAAGGGUAAAACUGUCAAUUAUUACAAGAUAGUCGGUGUUGAGCAUUUUACUGGGCCUUAUGUUAAUGGUGGACAAGGCCCAACUUCUGUGAACGAUUGCAAGGCUAAGUGCGAUCGUGAUUGCAAGUGUUUGGGUUACUUCUACAAGGAGAAGGACAAGAAGUGUUUGCUUGCUCCUCUUCUUGGUACACUUAUUAAAGACGCCAAUACAUCUUCCGUUGCUUACAUCAAAUACUAGCGAGAUUUAUUUUUACUGAAGAAUUCUCAGAGAUUUAAUGCAUACUCGUGUUGUUGUAAUGAUUCACCGUCUUUGUUUUUGUAUACUAGAGUGAUAUGCUCAGUCCUAGUCAAGUAU